AUGGCUACCGCGGCAGCAGGAAAGCGUCUUGCCGGCAAGACCAUUGUUAUCACCGGCGCGUCCUCCGGCAUCGGGCGCUCGACGGCCCUCGAAUUUGCGCGCACGUCACCCCAGGAUCUGCGGCUCAUCCUCACCGCACGUCGGGACGAGGUCUUGCGCGAGCUCGCCGACGAGAUCAAGAAGGAAGUCGGCGAGGGCGUCAAGGUCCUGCCUGUCAAGCUGGAUGUCAGCGACCCAGAGGCCGUGCGUGGUUUCGUGGGAAACCUGCCUGAGGAUUGGAGGGAUAUCAACGUCCUUGUCAACAAUGCUGGUCUCGUCAAGGGGGUUGACAAGGCCCCCAGCAUCAAGGAGGAGGAUAUGAAAAUCAUGUUUGACACCAAUGUGACUGGUCUCAUCAACAUGACCCAGGCCAUCUUGCCCAUCUUCCUGAAGCGUCCCGAAGGUGGCCAAGGUGAUGUCAUCAACAUCGGCUCCAUCGCUGGCCGCGAGCCUUAUGUAGGCGGGGGCAUCUAUUGCGCCACCAAGGCUGCUGUGCGCAGCUUCACGGAGUCCCUCCGCAAGGAACUCAUCGCAACCCGCAUCAGGGUCAUAGGCGUGGACCCCGGACAAGUCGAGACUAACUUCUCAGUCGUUCGCUUUUACGGAGACAAGUCCAAGGCCGAUGCUGUCUACGCCGGCUGCGAGCCAUUGACCCCAGAUGACAUUGCCGAGAUCAUCGUGUUCGCUGCAUCCAGGCGGGAGAACGUGGUCCUCGCCGACUCGCUCAUUUUCCCUAACCACCAGGCGGCGGCAACUAUUAUGCACCGCAAGACAACAUAG